AUGUCUGUCUCCUCUUUACCGGAAUGGAAACAACUCCUGCUGGAGCGAAAGAGGAGGGAGGAGGAGGAGCGAGAGAAGGGAGAAAAAGAGGAGGAGGCCAAACUCGCCAGCAUGCCUGCCUGGAAGCGAGGGAUCAUCCAGAGGAGGAGAAUGAAACAGGAGAGUUUCGGGGACAAGGAGAGAGAGAGCCCCCUCCAAGUCAAGGAGGGCAGGUCCCCUUCUGAUACUGUGAGUGACCCAGACAGCGCUACACUGGUGCAGCUGGAAGGUGAACCACCACUCAGCCCAGACAUUGCAGGGCCGUUGGAUGAAGAGGCUAAACCGCAGAGUCAGGUGUUAAGAGAGACCAUCACCCCUGUCCAACAAAACCCAUUCAUUCGCACACAUGGCGGAUGGAGAAGGGGAAGAGAAGCAGAGAGGGCUGGGGAGAUGGGCCAUGAGAAAGGGAAUGAGCAGGAAAUAGAAGUAGGGAGAGGGAGGGAAAAGGAGAAAGAAAGAGGCCACAUCAAAGGUCAUGACGGGGAGUCUGGGAGGGGAAGAGAUACAGAAUUAAAAAUAGAGCGAUACAGGGACAGGAGUGGGGGCAGAGAAAGGGAUAGAAGUGCCGGGAGAGAGACGAGCCGGGAUACUGUGAGAGACAGGGAAAGGGAAUGCCCGAGAGGGAGAAAGGAGGAGGAGAGGGAGGAGGUAGACUCAGAUACUCCAAGCCCCAAGUUCCCCCAUCCACUAGUCCCAGGCCUUCGCACCAUCAGAGCAGACAACAUCAUCAUUAUUGAACAGGACAGAAAGGGAAGUGAUGAAAGGAGGGGUAGAAGGAGAGAGUGGCAGAGGGAGGUGAUGGAAGAGGAGCAGGAAAAGAGAGAUGUAAAGAUGGACCUCAAGGAGUUUCUAUCUGGUGGAGGGAGUGUCACGGAGAUCCGAGCAUCAGAAGUAUUGAUCAUUAAACCCUUAGCUGGCACUGAGGACUGCAGAAGUGGAGGUCUAAAGGGGACAGGCAGGGAAGGAGAUGGCGAAAGAAGGAGAGAAGCAAAGUGCAAUAAAGAUGGAAGAAAGGACUGUGAGAGGGGGCUGGAGAGAGAGGUGGCGUGGCAGAUGAUGAAAGAUAAAGAGAGGGAGAACUUGAGGGAGAAAUACCGACCACUGACACAAGCAGCUUCAGAAAAAGAGGAUAGGAGAUGUGGUGACACAGAUGACAGUAUCCACAAUGAGAGAAGAGUUAGGGUGAGUGAGCUGCUGAGUAAAUUUGGGGAACAUACAAAGAAAUUCAGGGAACAUCCAAAGCCCCCGUCCCGGUCUAAAAGCUCAGAUUGUUUCAGCCGGCCUGGCAGGGACAGAGAAAAGUUUGGUCUGGACGAGGACGAUGAUGGAGACUGGAGAGGGGAGGAGAAACAUGCAGGAUUCAGGGGUGUGCCCAAGCGGUCAUUCAGCUUCUCUGACCAGGUGAUAUGCACCAAGGAGAAUGGCAUGCAGGAUGAGGGGAACAAUGAUAGGAAGAAGGUGGAGAGGACAUAUUCAGAUAGGAGGGUGGCACCUAGGGGAGAUGUAGUGGAGGGGGAAUGGUCAGAGAGGGGAGGCAAGCAGGGGGGCUGGACCCGGCUUUCAGAUAAAGAGCGGGUGGGGAAGCAUAGAGAGGGAUGCAUAAAAGCAGACAGGGAGGUAGAGGGGCAGCCUGAGAGACAGCCUGCUUUGGAAAGUAACACAGGGAAAGAGACUGACCAUGGGGUCGAGAUAGAAUUAGAAUAUAGUAACAAGGGGACAGAGGAACUAACAAAGAAUAUGUAUGGGGAGGCAGGGUUUACAAUGGCCUCAGUUAAAAACACAGAGGCCUCAUUUGCGCGAAGAGUGCCCAUCAAACAUGAUGGGCGAGAGAGAGCAGUGGAAAGAGAGGUAAAGCGAAUGAGAGAAGAAAGCGAGAGAGGGAUGGAGAGGGCGAGGAGCACAGAGAGAGAGGUGGUGGGUGGAAGACAGGCAAAACCUCAAGUGAGGGAGAGAUGGGGGUCAGACUUUAGAAGAGGAUCAGACGCAAGGGACGUAAAGAGGAUGUCAGAAAUAAGGGACUGCACAAUUUCAGUUGAAACAACUCAACAAAACUGUGUGAUCACCCUCUCUGUAGACAGAGCCAGUCCUCCUCAGUCUGUCGAUAGCCAUCACAGACAUGUGUCAGCAUUUACAGAGUGCUCAACCACCUUGCUCAACACUGUGGGGCAUAGAGGAACAGAUUGGCAUGGUGGUCAAGGAGCGCCGGGGCCCCAUUCAACCCAGUCAGCACUGUCACAGCACACAGGGGACCUUAUCAAUAAGAUAGGGAGAGUCGGAGAGACAGCAAAUGAACUUGACAAUCACAAAGGGACCCAAACAUUGACUCAGGAUAGCAAAGGCGUGAUGAGGGAGGACAGAGAGACUGUGAGAGGGAGCAAAGCUUAUAGGGUGCCAGGUGAGGUAAGCAAGGAGAGCACACACCCACCUGGCGCACACGUGCACGGUCAUGUUUACCCCGGAAAGUCAGUUCAAGAAGUAACCCCUAAGUCUCCUAAGUCUCCAAAGCACGUUGCCUCAGUUGAAAUCCCUCCAACACCACUUGAGAUACACAUACCCAGGACAGUGUUCUACGGUGUGGGGGUGGCAUUAGAGAAGAAAAGGCCAAGCCUCCAAAGCGAAGACAACCAGAGCUGCGAAGGAGAGGGAGGGAAAGGUGUUGAGAGGAGGGAUAGUUGGAGGAUCGGCAAGCCUUUGUCUCGCAUCGAAUCCCUGCGAGAGAAAAUCCGCCAGAGAGAGAAGGAGAGGCUGAGGAACAUGGAGGGAGCGGCAGCAACGGGGGAUGAUGGAGAUACGACUGAGGGAAUGAACAAGGCUGGGACUAGAAGGGUUAGAAGAGCUUCAAGUUCAGAUAGGUGUGAGGAAGCAGAGAGGGGGAACGAAAUGGAGCGAGAGAGACAGAGACAGGAAGGCUCUGCACCACAGACAACAUCCACUCAGUUUGACGUCACACAGGAAGUGAGCGUGUCGAAAGCCGACCCUGAGCUUCCUGUUCCUCUCUCGUUCUUGCAAUCUGUCAAAGGAGAGGAAGAAACCAGGGGGAUCUCCAUCGCAGCCUCCGAAGUAACCUCGUUCAGCUCUCACACGAUCGAGAGAGAGGAAGAUCCAACAAAACAUGUAGUAGAUGAGUUACGGUGUGACAGGGGUCAGCAGAGAAAACAGGACACCAGAGGCAGAGGAGGAGAAGAAGGCGAGGAUAAACUCUCGGAGGAAGAGGACAGGCUGCUUUAUCUGCCUCCUUCACACUCUCCCUCGCCCUCAGACUCUCUCUCCCCUGCUCUUGCUGAGAUGAGCCGGAUCUAUAACUUGAAAACAGUGGGGUCCAGGACGACGAUGUGCAUGAGUGAGAGGACCGUGGAUAGGCCUAUACCAUCACACACACCCAAGGUACAGUCACACAUAUCAGCAGAACAACAGGAGCCAAGCAGUCCAGAGAGAUCAGUUGGGAGGCUGACACAGAAGCAGCUGUGGGGUGGUGGUGGGGCAUCUGGGAAUAAGGCCUCUUCAAGUGAUGAGAAGUCCAGACUUCAAACUGUACAGCAUCAGGUGGAACAGCUUCAGUUGCGAGAUCAACAGGAAGUACAGAGACUAUCACACGACAACAACGCAGCACAGUCGUCUUUUAGUAAAAAAACGAUUUUGAAAGAUAAAGAGUCUAAAGCUCAGCAAAGCCCCAGGAUAUCACACAACCAGCCUAAUAAGGAACCUCAGCAGAUGCAUCCGAGGCAGAAGGAUCAGCAAACACCCCUAAGUCCCAGAAAAACUCAGUCUAAUCCGCAACUGCACUCUGAAAGGCCUCCUCAACCCAAUCAGCCCCGAUCCAUUACCAUCAACUCCAGAUCUCUCCUGACCCCCUCUCCUGAGAACUCAUUACACCCAGACCAGGGAGUCCCACCCACCCCAUCACCUUCCCCAUCCCAGUCCCCCUCUGUCUCUCCCUCCUCAUCCCCUUCUCUGACCCAUCGCACCAUCAGAAGCUCCUCUGGAGGCCAGCAGGUCAAGAGGGGCACCACCAUCACCAUCACCCCCAGGAAGCCUGUUGGAGGGGCAGCCGUGGAAUCGGUUUCAGUAUCCUCAGGACCCCCGGCCAAGAUGUCUGCCCAGGCCCAGAUGCCUGUCCUAACCGAGGUAGUAGAGAGAGGCAAGAAGAGGUACCCCACUACAGAGGAGAUCGAAGUGAUCGGCGGGUAUCAGAACCUAGACAAGUCCUGCCUGGUCAAGACUCCCAAAGGGACUCCCAAAGGGGUGAGUGUAGUGGGGUGAUAUGCCUGUUGGCAUAUUGCAGCCUAUGCACUGCGAAUUGUAUUGAUAAUGUAUCACAUCUUGUAGUGAGGAUAAUGGAUCCCUUCCCCUAAGGUUGGGUUUAAUAAAGACCCAAUUGGUAAAACAAACCAAAACACAAAUCACAGAAAACUGCUUCAAUAGACUAUCAGUAUGUUAUGGGAUAAGAUCGAUGAUAGUGUUUUGAGUAUUCACACUCGUACUGUGACUAUCAGAAAACUUCAACUCUUCCCCGCCUGCCUCCAUUUGAACCUUUUUAUCACCUCCAGUCCCCAGAAUGCCCGCCCAUCGCUAGCAUUAGAACAUCCUGUUUGAUUGCACUGAGUAUGAACACAUAAACUGAGCUAAGCCUGUUAAAGCCUUAUCAAGCACGACAUGAUUCUCAGGUGUAAAGUAGCCUACUAGUAGCGUUGGCUGUGUGGUGUCGUUUAUUAAUAAACUAAUUAUAAACCCUUUAUAAAUCAUUUGUUAGGGUAACCGUAAUGUAUAGCAUUACCAGUCAAUUACAAAUGAGCCUUCAUGUAACACUUGAGGCCAGGAGGAGUGGAGAGGAAACCACAAUGACAGAGCCAGUCAGCCAGAGCCACCCCUCCUCCUCCCUAUCUCUUUCUGUCUGUCUGACUGGAGUUUUUACAGAGAGGAGCUAUGUGGGUUGUGAAUCAAUCGUCACUUCUUUCUGUUUCAUAUAGAAAGACAAGUUAUCCCACAAUAGAUUAAUUGUUACCCCCCCCAGUUGGAGCCAUAGCCUGUUAGAGGUUGCUUCCGAAAUGGCACCCUAUCCCCUACAAGGUGCACUACUUUUGAGCAGAGCCCUAUGGGCCCUGGCCAAAAGUAGUGCACUACAUAGGGGAUAGGGUACCAUUUCAGACACAGGCAGUCUUUUGGAGUACUGUAAUUAGGACACCUCCAUAACAAAGUGGCUCAUCAGAGCAGAACUAAAGACCAGGCUGGCAGUCUCCCCACACGAAUGGAGUGUUAGAAUGGGAUGAGUCUGGUGUAAUCUGUUUAUAUAGUGAGGUAGACUAGAAUAUGCAUAUUUAGAGCAAUUACGGUAUACAGUAUACACAGAGUAUACAAAACAUUAAGAACACCUGUUCUUUCCAUGACAUAGACUGACCAGGUGAAUCCAGGUGAAAGCUAUGAUCCUUUAUUGAUAUCACUUGUUAAAUCCACUUCAAAUCAGUGUAAAUGAAGGGUAGGAGACAGGUUAAAGAAGGAUUUUUAAGCCUUGAGACAAUUGAGACAUGGAUUGUGUAUGUGUGCCAUUUAGGGAAUGGGAAAGACAACAUAGUUAAGUGCCUUUGAACAGGGUAUGGUAGUAAGUGCUGGGCGCACCGGUUUGUGUCAAGAACUGCAACACUGCUGGGUUUUUCACGCCCAAAGGACUUCCAGCCAACUUGACACAACUGCAUUGGAUUCAAUAUGGGCCUCUGUAGCUCAAUUGGUAGAGCAUGGCGCUUGUAACGCCAGGGUAGUGGGUUCGAUCCCCGGGAUCACCCAUACGUAAAAAUGUAUGCACACAUGACUGUAAGUCGCUUUGGAUAAAAGCGUCUGCUAAAUGGCAUAUUAUUAUCCCUGUGGAAUGCUUUCGACACCUUGUAGAGUCCAUGCCCCUGACAAAUGAAGGCUGUUCUGAGGGCAAAAGGGGUGGUUCCUAAUGUUUGGUAUAGUCAGUGUAUAUCUAUUGUUAAAUACAUAAACCUUUAUGGUUAAUGUACUGUACUUUACUCAGACAGCAUGACUUUUAAUAUAAAGCACUUUGCUAUUGUAUAGGCAUUUAGCCUAUCAGCAUAUUUGUUCCUCUUGUUUUCUGUCCACUCCCGAGUGGCGCAGUGGUCUAAGGCACUGCAUCGCUGUGCCACUAGAGAUCCUGGUUCAAAUCCAGGCUCUGUCGCAGCCGGCCACGACCGGGAGACCCAUGGGGCAGCGCACAAUGGCCGGAGUGCAAAAGUAUAAUGUAUGCACUCACUAACUGUAAGUUGCUCUGGAUAAGAGUGUCUGCUAAAUGACAAAAAUGUAAAUGUCCAUGAUGCUACACAGGUCACACCAUUGCAUUGCAGGUUACUUCCUCUGACAGAUCCUGUCUUUCAAUGAGUCUGCCCUUGUUGCCUUUCCAACAAGUCUUCCUUUGUAUUUUCCUGUUUCUGCUAAGUUUGUUUUGCUGCAUUGGAUUUUUGGCAAACACUUUUGACCACGUUGACCUCUUGGCAUAUGACAGCAACAUUUGCCAAUGUCAUCCUUCCAAGUCUUAUCCAAACUUGGAAAUCUAGGCUAAGAAAUUAAUGAUAGACCUGUUAAUUUAGCCAUGGCACUAUAGUUGAGGAAGCUCUCGCCAUGUUUAUUGUAUAGUUUUCACAACAUUGACUAUUGAUACUGUCCUACUGUAACCUCAUUUCCAAUUUAUAAUUUUGCAAAUGGGGUCAUCAGGCCCAAAUUUGGUGCGACUGAGGAGGAACAGUCUCUCAUUUGUCAGUGAAACAAGAGGGUGGGAUUAAAGAGAAGUGGAAUGAGGAGACACUCAACAACCUUGUCACUCCCUAGCUGAGACACUGCAUGUUCGAGUCCCAAAUGGCAUCCUAUUCCCUACUUAGUGACCAGAGCCAUAUGGGCCCUGGUCAAAAGUAGUGCACUAUACAGAGAAAAGGGUGACAUUUUGGACGCAUCACUGGAUAUAGUAAUACUAAAUGCUGCAGUAGCUGUUUUCAAAGUACACUGAACAAAAAUAUAAACGCAACAUGUAAAGUGUUGGUCCCACGUUUCAUGAGCUGAAAUGAAAGAUCCAAGACACUUUCCAUACGCACAAAAAGCAUAUUUCUCUAAAAUGUUGUGCACAAAUUUGUUUUCAUCCCUGUUAGUGGGCAAUGAUCCUUUGCCAAGAUAAUCCAUCCACCUGACGAAUGUAGCAUAUCAACAAGCUGAUUAAACAGCAUGAUCACUACACAGGUUCACCUUGUGCUGGGGACAAUAAAAGGCCACUCUAAAAUGUGCAGUUGUCACUCAACACAAUGCCAUAGAUGUCUCAAGCUUUGAGGAAGCGUGCCAUUGGCAUGCUGACUGCAGGAAUGUCCAUCAAUCAAUCAAUCAAUUUUUAUUUAUAAAGGCCUUUUUACAUCAGCAGAUGUCACAAAGUGCUAUACAGAAACCCAGCCUAAAACCCCAAACAGCAAGCAAUGCAGAUGUAGAAGCAGAGCUGUUGCCAGAGAAUUUAAUGUUAAUUUCUCUACCAUAAGCCUCUUCCAACGUCAUUUUAGAGAAUUUGGCAGGACAUACAACCGGAAUCACAACCGCAGACCACGUGUAUGGCGUUGUGUUGGCGAGCAGUUUGCUUAUGUCCAACGUUGUGAACAGAGUGCCCCAUGGUGGCUGUGCGUUAUGGUAUGGGCAGGCAUAAACUACAGACAACGAACACAAUUGCAAUUUAUCGACUGCAAUUUGAAUGCACAAACAUACCAUGAGGAGAUCCUGAGGCCCAUGGUGAGGCCCAUUUUUUAAAGGAAUCUGUGACCAACAGAUUCAUAUCUGUAUUCCCAGUCAUGUGAAAUCCAUAGAUUAGGGCCUAAUUUAUUUAUUUCAAUUGACUGAUUUCCUCAUAUGAACUGUAACUUAGUAAAAUCAAUUAAAUUGUUGCAUGUUGCAUUUAUAUUUUUGUUCAGUAUAUUUCUACCGUUUUGUUUCAUAGCUGGUAAAUUAAUCACACAAAGUCAAAGAACAACGAAUCCUAUAUAGCCUAUUCCAUCUCGCGCUGCAGCACUGCCUGGCUGAGUGAAAUAUUCAUUUUUAGAAGCGCUGCGCACAGGCAUAAAAGUUGGUCUAAUUUACUUGAAACUGAAGUGCGACUUUGUCCUUGUUUCUUGGCUAUUUACAUUGUUUUGUUCACAAGCUAGGUUGUUUUUCUAUGUUUGAGUUUCAACUGCUACGGAAGACAAUACAACACGAGAACAAACAUGACUCGAGUCGUGUUACCACGAUAACCUCUUGCCCUUGAAGGGGCAGGUGAACAUUUUUGUCUCAUCUGUGAUAUUUUGGUUAAAAGAAUCAGGUCACAAAAUAAUUAAUUAAACAAUAUACCACAUUACUUCUUACUAGUAAUACAUUUGUUUUAGAAACAUAACUAAGCAUGCUCAUCUGUUUAUUUGUAUUUUUUUGGUGUAAUUUUAGCAGGGAAAAAAUAUUUUGUUUGGUAAAAAAUCUGAGUGGCUGGUAGAUUUUUUAAUCUACCUGCCACAGUGGCUGGUGGACCAAAACAUUUUUUUUUUGCCCUGGACCAAAUAUUUAGCAAGAGGUCAUAAUUUCAUGGAGUCAGUGAAGGAAGAAUCAACAUGGAAAAAGUGAUAAGCAAAUUCAAAAAAACUGAUUUUCACAAAGUCAAAUGAAUUUAUGUUCUAAGUUUCAUGAUGCUUGUAUCUAAACCAAAAUUGAUAGUUUUAAGAUUGUUUUAUACGUCAGUUGGGGUCUCUAUAAGCUACAAAAUGAGGUCCUAAACCUAGCAUGAAAGUGCAUCCUAGCUGGGUGGGCUAAUAUACAGUAGUCAAAAUGCUUGCCUUGGGAUAGGUUGAGCCAGUGGCCACCAUACCCCAUACAAAUGAUGAUUACAUUUUGUCCGUUUUUUGCAUUGUAUGCAUAUGAACUCAAUAUGUUUAUUGUGACAGAGCAGACAUCAUCAUGCCCCAUGUAUACAAACGUAAAACAAGCAGGGGUCCAAUUUGUAAGUCGCUCUGGAUAAGAGCGUCUGCUAAAUGAUGUAAAUGUAAAUGUGUAGCACCCCUUGAGGUUCUUGAGAGAGCAGCAAAGGAAGUGAGAGAAGGGAAGAAGUCCAUUCGACCAGCAGCAAGGGAAGAAAAAUUAGACUGAAUGACACUGAAGAGGUACAUUGUCCCAGACAACUGGUCAAGAAAUGGAAGGGUAAGUGAUAUUGAACAGAAAGAUCUAUAUCUGAUAUACAAUAUACCACACCCCAAUUCCAUGAAUUAAACUUUGACCUACCAGCACCAUCACCCACUUACCCCAAGGCUGCUCAACUUACCCUGACUCAGGCUCAAUUUACCCCAUAAAUUGUGCCAAGAGACCACUUUCUUUGGACAAGCUAUGUUUUCAAAACUGUUAUGUUUACAUGAAUCCUGAUUAUUUCCAGGGAUACACAACAUCCUGAAAUAUAUGUAGAUAUAUUUUUUUAUAAAGAUUAUUAUAUUUCCCUUGAUGUAGUGAUGCUGAAUGCAAAAAAUGGCUCAACAUACCCCACUCUCCCCUAAAGACAUUUUGGUUUUGAAUGAAUAUAUGAUGCAGUGUUGUUUAUUAAACGACUAUGAUGUAGGAUGUGGAUUAUGACAUAGUAUCAUUCUCUGUUUUAUGCACACAAUAGGUCAAUAAGGGAAUUUUUGUCCAUUCUUUUGCAGGACUAUAAACGAGAAUAGGAAGAUUAUGUGCCUCGUCAAGACUACAUUUCAUGAUAAUCAGUGCUGCAACUGAAUGGACAGAUACUCCGACCGAUCUUCCAAAUACAUCCAAACCUAAUUGGAUGCAUUAUUCACCUAAAUUAAUCUCACCCACUCAGUCUACACUAAUUGAGUAAUGAGAAAACCCCCAAGAAUCGUUUGCUUUGUGUCAGUUCGGGACCAAAUCGUGUAAUGUACUCCUAGCCGUUAAGCACAGCUCUCCUUUACUAUAGUUGUCCUGCUGUAACCCUUUCGUAUCCUAUUGGUGCUUCCUGGCCACCUGUUGCUCACGUUGCUGAGACUGUUGGACAUCAGCUCCACCGAGCAGCUGCAUCAUCUCACAGAGGGGGGUGAUUUACGCUCUCCUCGUCAUCCUUGUUCAGAUCUUCUGUCUCCCCCCUCCUCAAUCCCUAGGCUCCGUUGUCAUACAGUAUCUCUUCCUCUCAAACUAGACCAAGGUACCAUUCUCAUACAGUGGCUGCCCCACAUCCUGUGUAAGACAUUUUUACGAGUAUUUGUAAAUGUUCCGAUGUGACUGUGGUGAUUAGCGAUUGACACAGUGCACCUCCUUUCUUCCUCUCUCUCUCUCUCUCUGGUUCUCUCUCUCCUCCAUGUUCUCCCCUGCUGUGUUAGCCUGGGUUAAUCAGUUCAGUCAGGGAUUAACCUCCUGGGCCUGAGCUUGAUUCGUCCAACCUCUCUCACACUAGGUUAUUAUCAGGAGUGUGUGGUCAGUCAGUCUGUGGUGAAUAUAAAUUGUACAACAGUAGAUGUACUACACUGACCUGUAAUAUAAUGUACUAUAACGACUUUUAAUAUAAUGUACGACACAGACUUCCCUGGGGCCAGGUUUUCCUACUAUUGGGUGCAGGCAGAAAUGUUGUUUACACCAAAAUCAAAUCUGUGCUAAGUAAACUAACUGUAGGUUACACACAUUUUUGUCAGGAAGGGUCUGACUCAGUACAACCUAAUCAUGCCGUUUUAAUGGGUGCCUCCCUUUCAUACGAAAUAAGGGCAACACUGGGAAAGUACAGGUUAUUUUUAGUUAUUAAUUGUUCUUGAAACAUGUCCAUCCUGAUUAAGUAACACUGCAAUGUGGUCAGGCUGUCUGUAAGGGUGAGUCUCUAUUGGGUGGGCUGUACUAAGCCUCUCUCCUGUGUCGGUCUUUUUCCACCCCCUCCAGGUGAAGGUGUGUUUCGACGAGACCCAGCUGGAGCAGGUGUGUGAAUACCCAUCAGAGACCUCCAUGCUGGCCUUUACCCCCUACCCCAUACCUGGUCAGGAGAAAGGGAAGGAGGACGAGGUGCAGGAGGAAGAGGAGGAGGAGCGAGGAGUGUUUGGGUCUGGGAGCAGCAGGAACGUGGGAGCAGCGGCUGGCCUGAGGGAGCUGAGAGUAGGUCAGUAUAUGUCACUCCCUUCCAACUAGCUGAAUACCUGCAUACACAGGGUGUAUUCAUUAGUGCAAUCCGUGGCAAAAACAUUCUACAAUGGAAAACGUUUUGCAAAAAACCAAGCGUUUCUUAUUGGACAAGUUCAGGUUAGUCCCUCUCUGUUUUCGUCCAUUUGCAUCCGUUUGGUUCCUAGUGAAUACACCCCUCAGUUAGUCAUGAAAUGUGGUUGUCCAAUCCAUACCUGUGUCUGA